AUGCAGUUUGUGGACGAAACUUUUACAGAGAUGAAAAUUUCACAGGGCAGAGUAGCACAUGCUGUUCCUGAAACUACAGGUGAGGCCAGUUUUAAGUUAAGAGAUGGUUAUUUUACUGAAGAGAAUUCCUACAGUUAUACAUAUACAUCAACAGUGGAAAGCUCUUUUGUUGGAACUACUCCUUCCAAAUCAGGAUUUCAAUAUACUUGUUUAGUGAUAAUUACAGUUUAUACUGGUUUAAAAUCAGAAUUAAAGGUUAAGAACUGUAAUGUAUACAAAAGAGUUGACAGUGAAACAGAAGAAUAUACAGAAGUUCUGUCAAGUCAGCUUUCAGCAGAUGUUAGCAGAUAUCCCCUCCAUUUUACUUUCACUAACAACCAGAUUGAUGCUAGUAGAAUACAGGUACACAAAGAUGACCCAGUUUAUAGCAUCAACAUCAAACGUGGCAUUCUGUCAGCUUUACAGCUGGAGUUACUUGACCCUAAUGAGAAACAGAAAACUCUCUCCCAGGUUGAUAUAUUUGGUCCAUGUAGCAUUCACUACAACGUGUAUGACCACAUCCCUGGUAGUAUAUUCACCUACAGAGAUGUGACAGUGUGUGACAUGCCACAGAUAUACACAUUACAGAUGAGAUUCUUCUCUGUCAUUAAGAAAAUCCAUGGUGGAUACAGAGAAAGACAAACAUCAGAGCCUAUUUAUCCAUUCAGAUCAACUGUUAGAUGUGAAUACAAGAUAUCAGAUACUUUAAUCAAUUCUAUAGAUUGUCUGCAACAACAAUCCUUCAGGCCAUCAGCUAACAAUGGCAGUAUAUAUGCCACAGCAAUUACAGAUGUGCGCCAGAAGUUCCAGUUUAGAAGUGCCACUCCCUUGACAUCAGUUGAUGAGAUAGAAUUGUCAGCAGAUAUGAAGACAGUUGAUUUUCUGUUUGAAUUUUCCAAAGAAGAAGAGGUUUCUGUUUCACAGGAAAUAGUCCAAAACCAGCUGGAUGCUUUGGUUAAAUCCUUCAGGGAGCUUGACCUGCAGUCAUGGCCUGAACUAUAUCAAGACUUUGUAUGGUUUAUGAAGCAUUCUACAGAGGAGAAUCUACAACUUAUUAUCAAUGAUGUACUAGAUUGUCAUGGAAACCAAGAUGGAACUUGUGACCUUGAAAAAAAGAUGUUAGAAGAAGAAUAUUUUGUGGAUGGUUUGUUAUCCUGUGCUACACAAGCCUGUAUUACUGUGUUUACAAGAUGUAUUAAAGAAGACCAUGUCACAUGGUUUACCAGUAGAUAUUUCCUAUAUGAUCUAGCUAUAAACCAUGAACCAACUGAACAGUCAGGUCACCUUGUUCUGGAUAUAUGUAAAAAGACAAACAGUACCAGCUGUUGGCUCCCACUCAGUGUUAUGGUUAAUAAGCUGUAUACAUCAACAACUUACCAAGAUUUAAAACAGAAGGAAGGUGUAGUUUUUCAAGCAAUUUCUACCUUGCACGAGGCUCUCGAUAAUGCACUGCAGACAAAAGAGGAACUUCAAACAGUAGGGGCCACAAUUAGUGUGAGAACUUUAAAGGCCAUUGGAAAUAUUGGUGAAGCUGUACAGGAAGUGUAUGAUACAGAUGGAAAGUUGGUCAGAACUAUCCUUGAUUUGUUUGACAAUAAUGAUGUACCUUUCAAAGUUACCAAAUCUGCAAUUCAGGUUUUUGAGAACAUGAAAUUGACAAGCACAAUCAAGGAAAAGCUGAUUUUAUUGACAUCAGAUAUAAACCGACAAGCUGUUAUAAGAACAACUGCAUUUUCUGUCCUUAUGAUAUCUGAAGAGCAGGACAUAAUUUAUAAAAUGAUCAACCUGAUUCAUUCUGAACAGAUGAAAUAUAUGCAGACUUAUAUGGUAUCUUAUAUACAGGGAUUGUUGGAGAAUGAUCAGCCAGAUAAAAAACAGUUGAGAGAAGCAUGGCAGAAAGCAUUGCAGACAGAUGGUAGAUCAUUACCAGAAAUAGAUGAUUAUCUUGCUGGACAGACUAGAUAUCUGGAGUUGUCUAGAUAUUUCAGAUUGCCAUUUUCUGUAACAGACUAUGGUAUUCAAUUAGAAUUUGACUUAGUGUAUGAUCCUGCCAGUCCUGUGAUUGAGUCUGCUGUUGUUAGAUUAAACUAUUAUAAAGAUGAGAAAUACAAUUUACUGGAAAUGACAAUAGAUAUUCAAGGUUUAGAAUCUCUUCUUGAUGCAGUAUUUGAGAGUAAAGGAAAAGGUUUAUUUUCAUUGCUUUCUUUUCUUGCUGAAGCCAAGAAAAGUUUGGAAAAGGGAGUUAAUCCACAAUUUGCUGUAUUUGACAAACCACUUUCAGAAGCUUUGAACAAAAUCAUUAAAUUAGUUAACCACCCACAAUAUGUCAUGCCAGAUGGUAUCCUUACAUGGAAAUUAUACGGUUAUGAAGUUAUGUAUGUAGAUAUUGGUGACAUUCUUUCAAUGUUGAUUGGAAGUCCUUCUCAGCAUCCAUCAUCUCCACAGCAGCGUCAGCACUCACAACAACAACAACAGAAUCAUCAGAAACACAGACAACCAAGUGGAUUCAUAGCUAAAGUAAUGAUGAUGUUAGCUAGAGGAUACAGACUUAUUAAAACAAGAUCUGCCAAAGUACUUGAUCUGACAAAAAUCAUACCUACCAUAUCAGGUGCAUCAUUGAAUAUGACAGUUUUACUGACAGCUUCAUUGGGAUUGGAUGUUACUGCUAAAGCUGAUGUUAGUCAGUAUGUGAGGGGAACUGGGCCUGUCCAAGGUACUGGUGAACUAUCUAUUGGUUUUGCUGGAGAAUUUUUUGGUCAGAUGAUUGUGAAGUUAGGAGAUACUAUGCGAGCAGGAUGUAGAAUGUUGACAUCUCUGAAUGGAAAAGCUGAAAUUGAAAACUCAGUAACCUGGAAUAGAGGCAGUAAAUCUGACACAACUUUAGCUAACUAUACUGCAACUGUUACCAGAAAAAACAUUGAUGGAAAUUAUAAUGCAAUCCAUGUCAAGAGUCGUCUUCAUCAUCUCCAUGAUGACUGGACAGAGAUACCAGCAGAUCCAAAAGUACAAACAACAGUGAAAAAAUGUUCUGGUGCCCUGUUAAUGUUGCUGUCAGGAAACAGAGUCUGUAUGGAGUUUAUCUAUCCAGAUGUCACAGAUUCUACAACCCAUCCAUACUUCCCUUUGUCUGGACCAUUUAAUGUCGACAUAGUAGUGUCAAGGGCUGAUAAGGACAUGAAAGAAUUCCUUGUUGAAAUGACAUAUUUGAUAACUAAUGGUACCACAGGACCAAGAAAAAAUGUUUAUAUUACUUAUUCAGCUCCAGGAUCAAAACUGAAGAGACAAAUCAAUAUUGACAUAGAGCAAAGUUUGGUAGAGGAUAGCACUAUAGCUAAGUUAGAUAUGCCAGAGACAGGAUUACAUUUAGAUUUUGUUACUAAAGAUAUAAAACAAAUAGACACAGAGAAAAAGGACAUUAAGUCCAAUCAACUGGCUGACUUUCAUCUACAAAUAAAAGGUCUUACAUUACUGAAAACAAAGUUGCAGAUUGACGAAACCAUUACAGAGGAGGUAAUAUUUGAUCCAAAACAAGGAAAGGAUGCUAAAGGAAAUAAAACUCAGAUAGAGACAUCAUUUUUUUUCGCUGCACCUUACAUUAGUUUAGAUGUCCACUUUGAAAAUCUAAGUGAGAAACUUUCCUCACACAUUUUCACCGAAUUCCAUGUGAAGUAUUAUUGUUCAAAGAAUCUCCCCAUCAUGUACCUUCUACACAUUCAACCAAAACUUGCUGCAGCAAACAAUGAUGUAAGUGAGAUAGAGUUUGUCAACAAUGUUGCUAUGGGCUACCUGACAGGGAACAACAGAUUAUGGUCUGCUGAAGACAGCAUGUAUUUAUCUUAUCCAGGACAAAAUUUUACAUUAUCUAAUGAAAUGGUAGCUAACAAUACACAUGCCCACAGGAAAACUGUAAUAACUUACAUUGGGUCAGGAGACAAACAGGAAAUAAUUGAAAUGAAUGCUCAUGUUAAAAACGAAAGUAACAGUUCCAGUCAGCACUUCUGUUAUGACAUGAUUAUAGAGCAGAAAGAUAGAUAUGAUAUUCAUUUUAAAGGUCAUCUCCUUGGUAGCAUCAGAAAGAAACUUUUCCUUCUUACAGAUAUUCACUUUAAGCAUAAGCCAGGGACUGAGAAUGGUGUCAAAAAAAGAUCAGAGGAUCUUGAAGUCCUAAAGAAAAGCAAUGGAAAUGCAUGCAGUAUCUUUGAACUUGAUGAAUGGGAAAUCAAUGUAAACUUAACAGUUGAUGCUAAACCAAUAUUUGUAGUAGGACAACCGAGACCUAAAGGAUUAGAAUUUGUAUGGCACUUAGGUGUACUUUAUCCAGAUUGUAAGAAUAAAGAAGCACAGUUUAUAUCUGAUGGAGCUAUUGGAAGUCAUCUACAAAAUCAGCUUACUGAUUUCAGAUAUUGGUUAAGAAGCACAUUUAGUUUGGUAUCACCUGUUCAAACAAAAUCCAAAGACUAUGAUAUUGACUUUAACAUUGAAUACCAGUGGCAUGAUCAUAUUAAUUUCAAGUUAUUAUAUCAUGGACCAAACUUAAAUACAUCAUAUCUUAUCCAUUUUGAGAGGUUCCCUAACGAAACUUCAGAGAUUACCGUUAAAUGUCAUAUGGAUUCACUUUGGAAACUUCUAAAUUUUGAUUAUGCAGAACAGUACAAAAUGGUUUAUAAAGGAUCAGGGCUAGCUGUUUCUGAAUUAGAACACAGUUUUGAAGCUAUGUCAGCUUUAGGGGAAUUAAGAUUAUAUACUAAACUUUCUGAUGACAACACUACAUUCCUGAUACAGCAGGAUGGCUAUCUUAACACAAGUCAUCCUUACCUGUAUGGAAUGACUAAUUUUUCCAAUCAAAUAGUAUUAUCAAAGAAAGCCAAAUCAGGAAUGAAUGUUAAACUGACCAGGAAUCAUACAGAAUACUACAUUGACACAGUGAUAAUGAGUCCUUGGACUAUAGAUACUUCAUUCUCUAUCAAAAUGCCUAGCAGACCUAAGAUGUUUUUCCUCUCAUGGUUAAAUGAAUUGGUUGGAAGUUCAAGUCAAAAGAGUACAAUUCAGUGGAAUCCAUUGUUUACACGUAAAAUAGUAGCUAUCUUGAAAGCCAAGAAACAAAAGUUGGCAAAUGCCUUAUCUGAUGCUAGCAUUGUACUUGAGAGGAACCUAGAGAAAAGUAUAAUGUCUAUGAUGAUUCCAUUUGUUAACAAGACGGUUGGUCAUGUGAUUUCCAGAGUUGCUGUUCCUGUUUUCCAUUAUUUGCCUUUGCCUUCUAACAUGAAAAGAAUGAUAGCUGUAACACUUCAGGGAAAACCAACAGCAGCCAAUCAAAUCUCUGCUGGGAUAGAAAAAGGAGAAAGAAUCCAGAAUGACGAUAGAAGAAUGAAUUUAUUUGGAGAAAAGUUAAUAGGAAUCAUAACAAAGUUGGAGUCCAGAAUGUUGUAUUGCCUAUCUACCUUGCUGACUGAGCCUCCACUAUUGAUUAAAGAUAUUGUAACUAAGAAAAUGAAACCACAUUUAUAUGAAGCAAUGAAGACAAAUAAGAUAUCGUUUAUACAGCCAUUGAUUUUCAAAUGGAAGCAUUUUUUGGCUAUCCCAGGAUUGACAACAGGAGAAAAGUACAUACUAGGUUUUAUUAAAUCAAGGCUAGCAUCUCAGCCUGAAGACAAAGAUACACAUACAGCCUUGAUAUAUGAUAGCAGUGAAGUCCUCACAUUUGAUGGAAAGUUAUUUCAGACCAAAGGUGACAGCACAUGCCCACACUUAAUGGCAGCAGACAUUAAACAUGGUCACUUUGCAGUGGUGUAUUCAAGAGAAGGAGUUACAGUUGUAACUAAAAAAUCAAUGGUAACAAUUUACAGUGGAGGCCAGGUUUUUAUUAACAGUUGCAACACACCAGUAAAAUUACCUUAUGAAACUGAUGAAAUGAAGAUUAUAAAGAAAAGCGUGUCAAGAGUUAUUUCCCUUGGUGAUGGUAUCACCAUUUCCUGUGACAUAAACAAUUCACAUUGUAACUUCAAACUGAAACAUCAUAAAAAUCAAACUAUUGGACUGCUAGGAAAUAACGAUGGAGAAAUAGGAAAUGAUUUCCAGAGGCCAGAAAGUUUAGUCAGUCCAAGCGUUGACCAGUUUGUUUCUGGAUAUGAACUGAAGACAUCCAAGUUCUGUCAGUCAACAUCUACGGGUAUGCUUAGUCAGGUUAAAGCUUGUGAUGACAUAACCCAGAAUUGUAUGACAUUAUUUACUGAUGUAGAUUCGCCAUUGGCUGUAUGUUUCGGAAAGGUGGAUGUUACUCCAUUUCUUAAAUCAUGUCAAGAAAGAGUGAAAAGUUGUAUGCCAAGUGCAAUAUGUCCAUCAGUUCAUGCUUAUAUAUCUAAGUGUGAUAUAGUGGGAAUAACAGUAGAACCAUCACAACAGCUAGAUGUAUGUAAACAGAUUUAUCAAUCAACAGAGGAAAUCCCAUCCAAAGCCCUCUUAGAUAUUGUUAUUGUUCUGUAUAAGGAGGAAAGCAAUGAUUUCUGUUUACCUUGCAUUGAAAUACUUGUAAAAUAUCUGCAGACCUGUGAUCAAACUGAUGUAAAAUUGACAUUCAUACAGUUUGACAGCCAUACAGUUCCUCUGCAUCAUGUUCUCAUGGAGGGUACACAACAUGGAUUCAGAUUACAUUCACAGAAGGUUGUGACAAUCAUCAAAGAUGGACAGGAUUUAUCAGAGGAGGAAUACAACAAUCUGAAAGACCAUUAUGUUGCAAACAAUAUUAUUCUAAAUAUCAUAUCAAAGUAUACAAUCCUUAAAUAUAAAGGGUUGGUAGGGAUAGACUGGGAUCAGAGAAUUGUAUCAUUUAACAGUAUACUGGAUGAAACAAGAGAUCUUCCACAGGAUUUCAUCAUAAAACUAAUGUCUACAACAAAAGGAACUUUAUUUAAUUUAAUGUUACUGCAGAAGGACAGAAAGACGAGAAUGGUUGGACUAAUUCAUCAUAUUUGUCAGACUCAAGCUUACUUUAAUAAGAACUGCUAAGAGGUGCUUGUUUGGAAAAAUAAUGUUAUCCAGAGAAUUGUAUAUUUUGUUGUUUAAUUUGUACAUUGAUUGUUGAUUUUUUUAUGAACUUGAUCAGUUUUGUAUUAAAUAUCUCAUUGAGUUUUAAAAA